ACACUGAAGCUGGUUUACCCCAUGACAAAGACUCUAUGGCCAUCAUUCACCUGAACAACACCACAGUCAUAUACCUGAAAGAGGUCACCAAGUUUCUUGCCAUGGUCUGCUUCCUCCGCAAGGAAAGCUUUGCUAGGAAAGGACUGAUUGACUACAACUUUCACUGCUUCAAAAAAGCCAUCCAGGAGGUUUUUGAUGUUCGCGUAAAGGUUCAACAGAGCCGAAAACUCCUCAACCAGAGGAGGUGGAGUAAACUGACUCUGACCAGCGGAGUGUGCAGCAGCACCCACUAACAACUGUACCUGAGCUGCACCCUGAUGGGUUUUUUAAAUUGUUUUCUUAGUGUGAAUCAUUUGCUCCAUUC